AUGGCCACUCCAAAGACGCUUUCUCAGUUUAGCCCUCCUGCGUUCUUGACCGACAUCAAACCAGAAAAUGUCAAAGCAUGGUCGGAUAUCAUUUCUGGGUGGAUGGACGAUGAGAUCGCUGGCCGCCAUGAAGGGCGAACACCCCUCAAACAGUUCUUUAAUGGCACAGAGACUCCGUAUGACCAAUCCGCAGACCAUGUUAACAUCACCUGGUUUGGGUUCCCCAAGAAGGUUAUCGGGAGCGACGAGCAACGCUGGAAAAAGGCCGAGUCCACACGAAUGGUUCAGGAUGAAUAUCUGGAGUGGUCUGUCUUGCGCGAUGAGGCUGGAUCCAUCACUAGUGCGACUUUCACUUGCGAGGGCCCCGAGUAUUGGGAGUUCUUGGGAAAGCAUCAACCUGAAGAAACCUUCGAACUUAUUAAGAAGAUCAAUAGUCCCUUGCUCGAUAAUGCUGAGAUGGACUGGUUUUUCAAAAAGGAUCAUACCGGUAACUGGGAGUUUGAUCGCAACAACAAGUUCAACAACACCACCAGUGGAGGAACGAUAAUCAGCCUUUGGCAACCGAACAACACCCUUUCGGCAGAGAUUGAUAUUGCGGCUCAAGGGACUGUGAUCCGUCAAUCACAUGGGAAGAUCAUUGACUCGUCAGACCAGCUGAUAAAAUGCUCUCGUUAUGGUGACCCCGACCGCAACUCAGAUCCGGCAAUCGGCGCAGCGAUUAAUCAGGCAGCCCGCAAAGGUAACACCCUCUCUGUCGCCGAUCCCGUGGCUCUCUACAUGCAAUCGUUCGACACAUCGAACCUAUCCCUCGACACUAGUGGAAACCGUGACGGGACUGCUCAAGACCCCAUCCCGAGCUCGUGGAUCGAACUCCAGCGAGGCAGCGCACUUGGCAAGAAGGUUCCCCUAGGCCUCAGACUCCGAAUCCGAAACAACACCGGAGCCAAGACAGCUGACGGGUCCCGCCUGCUCGAUGUGUCUGACAUAUGGGAUGACAGCACGCAGAACAACAUUCGCUAUGCGGCACAAUUCGCUGAUCAUAUCAAAAUGGGGGUGGCGGGAGUUUUGGGAAGCAAGAUCGCGCAGCCAACAGUGGCUGACGCUCUGCCGUGUGUAGGUAGCAGUGAGCAUGCAUCACUUCUGGCAAAGGCAGCGCCAAAUGCACACACGAAUGGACAUGUGGCUCCUCGCGGCUUUCGCAUGUAG